UGUGAAUUUAUACAAACUAGUUGAAGGCGCUGAUAUCUCAAAAACUUACUUCGAUUAGAUUAGAUAAUCGGCUGUAAAGGUUAUGUCUUUUGUUUUAAUAAAAUUUUUCUCAUUAAAUUGAUUUUCACUCAUUUGUAGGCCGUCGUAGAGAGCAGACCAAAGUAUUAUUGAUUACAAGGACACAACAGUAGAUUUCGAUUUUUUUGACAAACACUUUAAGCAAGCUUUGGCAAGAUGACGGCGCGAUUAGAAAUACUUUUGUUGGCAGUCUUCUGCACCUUAUUCCAGAUAUCACAGAGCGCAACUUUUGCAACAGGCGCAAAUACCGGUUCCAUUGGUCAGGGCGGUCGCAUCAUCAAUGGCACUUUGGCGAAUGUAAAUGCGACCAAACACCAGGUGUCAAUCAGGAGGCGUUCAAAUGAUCGAGUCUUCUUUGGUACCGGACACAUUUGUGGCGGCUCGUUAAUAGAACCGAAUGUGGUGCUCUCCGCAGCGCAUUGCUUUGUCAAUCAGGAGAUCAGUACUGGCGUUUAUCGUCCUGCUUCUCAAUACGUUGUGGUUAUGGGCACGCUAAACCGUUAUGACCACACCGAAUACACGCUGCAGUUCGAUAUCGAUCAGAUAGUUUAUGGCAUAAAUCCAUUUAAUUUGUCCACAUAUGAGACUGAUAUUGCUUUGGUGUUUUUGAACGGCUCAGUCCCGGCAGGACAUCCCACUGUGCAGCCAAUUCAAAGAGCUACAACAGCAGUAGCCGCAGGCACUGUCUGCCAGGCGACGGGCUGGGGUCAAACCGAAAAGGGUUUAUUAUCUACAGAAUUAUUGUCAGUUGACUUGCCCAUAAUUGGAAGUAACCAGUGUACCCAAGACACCGACUUCGACUGGGGUCUUAUACGUGAUGGCAUGCUCUGCGCCGGUUAUCUGCAAGGUGAGCGUGAUGCUUGCGCUGGCGAUUCUGGUGGUCCGCUGGUGUGUAAUAGCCGGCUGACCGGUAUUGUGUCUUGGGGCAUUCAGUGCGCGUUGCCACUGCUGCCCGGCGUUUACACGGAUGUGGCCUACUACACCGAUUGGAUCGACAAUGAGAUGAAGACUUAUGUGAAUAGUAUGCAGCGUGCGAAUACUACGAGCAAUAGCACGAGGCCGAGUGGUAACAGCACUGGUAGCGGCAACAGCACUGGUGGUGGUAGUGGUGGCGGUAGUGGUGGUGGCAGUUGGGGUGGCGGUGGCGGUGGCGGUGCCAUGUCGACGUUCUCUCAUUCCGCCGUUAUGCUCGCUAUGAUUGUCGCUUGGACUACAGUGAUGAGCUAUUUCAACUGAAAUAAUGUCAUUUUUAUAUUGCAUUUGAUAUUAUGGUACACAAGUAUUAAACGAUUUUAUUUCACUAAUUUUUUUUAUAAAAUAUAGUUGAGUUAAUGUGAAGAAAUGUUGAAUUU